UAAGUAUUAAUAAAUCAUAUUUCAUAAUGAUUACUUUGUCGAGUAAUUGUUGUGUUGGCAACAAUUUCUGCUAGACAUUUCUGUUGGUUAUUGAACACAGAACCUUGUAAAACAGUCUGUCAAAUGUGUUUAAACGUACGAGGAUAAAGUUCGAAAGAAUUAGAAUUAAUCAAAAUGUAGAAUUAACAUAAAAGACUACAAUGUUUUAAACAGAAUUUUGGAACACGACGAGUUCCAAAUAGGUUAGAAACAGUAAAUGACAGUCCAUGUAACCGAAUUAAUUUCUAUUUAUUAUGUUAAAUUAUAAUAUAUAACAUAUUCAAAAUGAUGCAUUAUACACCUUGGAUCCAUCAUCAAAUGAUGUUGGAUCAACAUCAGUGCUAUGUACCUUAUGUAUCUACUGUGCCAUCGUAUCCACAAAACAGUCAUGAACAGCAUGUCAUGGAAGAUGAUAAUGAACAAGUCGGGGAUGAAACACAGGAUACAAUGACUACCGCUACAUCAGGGAAACGUAGUUCUAGCGCUGAUAUAUUUAGAUUGGAAUUUGCUGCGGCACAAUGGUCUAAACUAGUCUCAAAUGCUGAAGGUCUUUUUAAUAAACUCAUGACAAGUAACAUUCUACCUCAUACGGAACAAGAUCAAAUUGAACAGUGGCUUUGUAUGAAACAAGAGUACGAAGAAUGUAUUGCAAAUGAUGAUACAGGUAGUUUACACGGUUACAAUGACAACACAAGGAGAUCCUUGGAAAGGAUCGAAGAAGUUACAGAGACAGACGAAAAGACAGAUGAAUCUGUUCAUAAAAUAGAAAGAAAGAUCGAUAUCAAUUGUUUAUCUAGUUCUGAAGGUGAACUGUCUGAAACUAACGACGACGACGAUGCCGAUAUAGACGACGAGGAUGAAGAGGAAGAAGAAGAAGAAGACGAAGAAGAUCACAGCGAUGCGAGUUCUGAAAAUCCUGACUUUCUGGAAAAGUUGGAUGAAUGUAUAACUAAACUCAAGAUAGAAACAGAUAGAAUAGUUGAUUCCAAAAAGGAUGAAUUUAGAAAAACGGAUAUUGGACUCAUUUCGUCUAUAACAAGAUCUAUGAAUAGUAAUAAUAAUUAUGUAUCUGCAAUUAAGCCUAUUCCAUUUAGAAAUCCAAAUUCAAGAAGAAAUUCAAUGCUCCCUGGUUCUGAAAUGUGUAACGAAGUAUUAGCAUUCAAUGAUAGUCUUAAACCUAACCACAAUCAAAUGUUAAAUAAUAAAACACUAGAACUAAUUAAUACGAAAAUCUUAGAUAAUCAUGAUACUGAAACGAUAAUUAAUGAAAACGUUACGAUUCAUAAUGAUAAUUCACCAGACCUAUUGAUUGAUGCUCUUAAAACGACGGAAGUGCCAGAGCCGAUCAAAGAAUUGAAAACAUUGGCUUUGAACAAUGAAGUAAAACAAACGCAAGUGAAAAAAAUUCAGUCGGAUCUCGACGGUGCUCAUAAACGCAUAGAAGAGCUUCAAACGACGAUUAAAAUCAAAGAACGGUUCAUCGCAGACAUGAUAAAGAAUUCUGAUGCGCGUGCCAGUGCAAAACAGAAAUUUCAACGUAAAUGGAGCAAGUUGGAAGAAGAAUAUUACAAUACGAGAACCCAAUUAGCUCAGGCAGAGAAUGCAUCUAUUUACAAAGAUUCCGAGGAAAAGUCUGCUCACAAGAAAGAAAUCGAAUUGUACAAGAACAUGGCGAUUCACUACGAAAAGAGAUUAAUGGAUAUCGAAAUGAUAAAGCAAAUCGCAGGUGAUUCGGCAAAGAAGGUUUUGGAACUCGAAAGUUCUUUAAACACUUCUAAAAAACAAAUGGAGAAACUGAAGAAGCAAUUAAAAAAAGAAGAAGAACGUAAGAAACAAUUGGAGGAGGAACUUGCAGAGGAUCAAAAGAAAAUCCGUGAACUGGAAGAGAAGUACAAUUUAACUGCUUCCAAGCUGAAAGAGAUGCAGUCGGAAAGCGAGGAUGAAAAAAAUAGUAAAUCAAGAACCGAUUACUCCGACAAAAAGAAAAAUCUACUGGAUGUUAGCGCAAGAAUAUCGCACCUUGAUCAUGUCUUGAAGGAAAAGUCCAUGGAUUUGGAGAGAACAGCGGACAUAGACGAGAAAGAAGCUUUACGUCACGAGAUUCGAAAUCUACGACGCACCAGAGAUUGUUUGGUAGACGAAAAAUGCGAUCUAGAUGAAAAAUUUCAUAAAGAGAAAACUUUGUCGACGGUGGAGGAACGGAAAUUGUUAGAAUGCGGGGAGACCAUCGAAGCCAUUGACGCCAUGAUCGAACAUAAGAACGAAAUGAUUUGCGGAAGGAAAGGUUUCGACGAGAAUCAGUCGCAACGCGAGAAAGGAGAAAGAAUGUUAAUGGAACGACUGGCAAAACUUUCGGACGGCGAAAUGAGAACGUUGUUCUACAAGUAUUUCUUGAAAGUGAUCGAUCUUAAAGAGAGCUCGAAAAACUUGGAGGUUCAAACAGCAGAAUUGGAGAACCAUAUAGAGACGCAAGAAUGGCAGAUACAAAUGUUGACGAACGCUUUGAAACAGACCAAACUCGAAGCCGAAAGAAGAAUAGUUUUGAUGCAAAGGGAACACGAGGAGAAAUUGCACCUAAUGUUCAGACAUUUUGCGGAGGAGACGGGAAGUUCUGGUCACGAGAGAUUGGACAAGGAUUCGGAACUUGCCAAGUACAAACGCGAAAAUAAAAUGUUAAAGAAACGAUUGGCAGACGUCGAGGCCCUAUUGAAGGGCCCGACACCACCGCGUACAACUAGUCCAGCUAAAAUAUCGCAGCAAGGAAUCAAACAAGUUCCUCCAAGCAGUCGUCCGACAACCAAAGUAACCAGACAACGGAAUAAACUCAUAAUACAGAAAACAACCGACUGCGAUAAAAAGAAGAAAUGAAUUUAUUUCUUUUCACGUUCAUCUUCGAUUAACAAUCAAUUUUUUUUCUGUAUGUUGCAAGCAAAGUUCAACGUCGAGUCAAUGUAUGCACUGUAUACACUAUAAAUUAUUAGAAAAUUUACCUAAGGCCUAGUGUAUGCGUUGCUAGCAACAUAUGUGUAUGUACAUUUCUUUUGUACAGUAUAGAUGUUACUUUGUCGAUAGUAAUUUAACGAAAUUUUAACUUUUAAAACCAAGCAUUUUUAUGUUUUUAAAAGCGAUUUAGUCUAAUCAAGUUCAUGAAUACAUUGAAUUUCAUUGCACUUCAUUCUCAUUCAGAUUACUGAUCAGUAUUUGUUACGUAAUCUUAAGUAGUGUACUCAUGAAACUUAAGGAUAUUGAAUCUCAAUCAAAAUAGCAUUUGCAUGUUUUCCUCGAUCUCGAAAUGUUAUUUAAACGGUUAUUCAAGUAAGCAUUGCAUUUGAAUGUAACAAUUGCGACGAUGCAUUUACGUUCGGAACGAUAAAAGAUCGGAAUUGUUAACAACCAUGAAAAUACUCGUUACGUUAAACGUAGUUAUAAGUAUUUAAAUGAUGCAUCACUUGUUCAUGACAUUCUACUAGUUCCAUUUAACAUGCAUCUUACACUUGGUAGGUGUAAAAGCGAGCACGAUAUCGAAUAAUUUGUAUAACACCACGUUCAUUGACUUCCAGCAAAUAAUUUAUAGCAAUUUUGUAAAUAAAUUGAUAAUACGUUAAACCCGACAUUGAUGUUUAACCCUUUGAAUCCUCACAGAAACGUGUAUUGUUUAAUGAAAGAUUCGAAUGACUAUUUAAUCGCUACCCAUAUGUUUCACGCACUUUUAUUCUUCAUUUCAUGAGGCUAUAAAUUCGUAAACUACUCUAUUAAGGUGGUCUUUCACGCAUCUAUCGCAUUACGGAAGUCUUUAUUAGUUAAUAAUUAGAUAAUAAAAUAUAAUAUAUGGGGUGAUGUUAAACUUUUAUAGACGCAGUAUUUUCUCCUAAUAGUUCCACUUAUCAUUUCGUUAACUUUAUCCAAAUUUUCAGUUUCCAAUUUCUUGAAACUCGAUACACGCUGUAAAACAGAUGCGGUCAUUAAAGGAUUCAAGAAUUUA